AUGGCCCUCAGCGCACACGAGAUAUCACAGUUACGGGCUGCACUUCAAGAUGCCGUGGUCAAAUGCUCGGAAAGAUGCCUGUAUCAAUCGUCGAAGUGGGCCGCCGAGCUAUUGAAUGCGCUUCCCGAACCCGACGAUGACGAAGAAAAUAUCAAUCCAGCAGAUCCCAGUCAUAUCUCUCCCGUAUUCGCCGCGAAUAGCGACCCAGAAGAAGCACUGCUCGAGGCUAAAGAACUGAGCAAGUAUCUCUUGGCCAAAUCCCUAUUCGACUGUCGAGAAUACGAUCGCUGCGCCGCCGUUUUUCUUCCAGACUCGCUCCUCUCCAGUGUCCUUGCCUCGCGAGUCGACAAUGCUUCCGCAUCUUCUGCGGCCGGAAGGGGGAAAGGAAAAUCAUCCGAGGCAUCGACCGCGAUACCCCUCCCCAAGCUCAGCCAGAAGAGUUUGUUCUUAGCACUCUACGCCAAGUUCAUGUCAGGGGAGAAGCGCAGGAACGAAGAUUCUGAAAUGGUUAUGGGCCCUCAAGAUCUUGGAACAGUGUCCAAUAAGCAGUUACUCGUCAUAGGCCAUUUUCUAGCAACUUGGUUCGAAGAGAGAACGACUGAAGACGAUGAGGUUUUGGGCAGUCAGGGGUGGCUUGAAUAUUUAUAUGGAAUGGUUCUCGCCAAGGAAAAGAACGACGAUAAAGCAUUGGAAUACUUCAUCCGAAGCGUGCACAAGUACACCAUGAACUGGGGAUGCUGGCUGGAAAUGACGUCGUUAAUAUCUCGAGUCGAGGAUUUGAACCGAAUAUCCAGGCAUUGUCCUCAAAACAUUGUCUCUUAUAUGUUCCACUUGCACACCUCUCUCGAGCUCUACCAGCAAGGCCCUGGCCUCGCCAACUCUCUUGAACAGCUUCUCUCGAUAUUCCCUACGUCGUCUUUUCUCCUCACUUGUAAUGCAUUGCUAGCUUAUCACGCCAAGGACUUGAUGGCUGCUGAACAGCAUUUUACUCGACUGCUGGCACUCCACCCCCAUAGGCUGGAUUCUCUAGACCACUACUCCAAUAUUCUCUAUGUCCUCAAUCUUCGACCAAAGCUGGCAUUUCUGGCACAUCUUUGCUCCAGCGUCGACAAAUUUAGACCCGAGUCCUGUGUGGUUAUUGGAAAUUACUAUUCUCUGCUCUCGAUGCAUGAGAAAGCUGUCCAGUAUUUCAGACGUGCUCUGACACUUGAUCGCUCAUGUCUCUCGGCGUGGACCCUCAUGGGUCAUGAGUAUGUUGAACUCAAAAAUACUCACGCAGCAAUUGAGUCGUACCGCCGGGCUGUUGACGUGAACCGACGAGACUACCGGGCCUGGUACGGCUUAGGCCAGACUUAUGAGAUGCUUGAAAUGCAUACGUACUCAUUAUGGUACUACAAGAAAGCCGCCGGCCUUCGGCCAUGGGAUGGUAAAAUGUGGAUGGCUGUAGGCUCGUGUCUGCAGAAGAUGGGCCGAGAACGCGAUGGUAUCAAAGCACUAAAACGAGCAUUGCUCGCUGAUGCAUAUUAUGAUGUGGGUAGCAGUUUUGGUAGCGGAGAUCUGCUCGGUAGUCGCAGCGCCACUGGCCAUAUGGAUCCCGAUAUCCUCCUACAGAUUGCGGUCAUGUAUGAUCAAUUGGGCGAAGAGGAGGAGGCCAGAUCCUACAUGGAAUUGUGCGUGGCUCAGGAAGAUGGUGGUGGAGCUGCAGAAGCCGACCCAGCAGAGUCAAUUGCUAUUCACAACGACUCUCCAGCAGGCUCUGACAAUGGCGCCGAGAACGACGAGAAUUCGGGCAAUGAAGGAACAGGAGUUACAGCAGCCACGAGCAAGGCGCGCAUGUGGCUUGCGAAAUUCUCGAUGCGCACGGGAGAUUACAUGACAGCAUCUCGUCUUGCAGGCGAAUUGUGUCAGGACGGUGUCGAAGUAGAGGAAGCAAAGGCCCUUGUGCGAGAGGUCCGAUCACGCAUGGAGGCAACCGGGAUGCUUGACCCGCUGAGCUAG